CUCAUAGGAGAGUUUGGGGCCAAGGUCAAACCAGCAGAGGGCAUCAAGGCCACCAUCACAGGAUAGGGUCAGACAGGGGAUGCUUUGAUCAGCGUUGCUAGUCCUAUUCACCAACCUUUGAUGGACCGUCACCUGUUGAACUCUUUUCAUAUACAUUUCAGUCAAUUCUAAAUUAAAUGCCACACACCCAUUUGUACUGGGUUUUUAAUGUGUAAUAUGAGAAUGUAAAGUUUUAAUUUUCUUUUUACAUUUGACAUAAUAUGCUGUGAGAGUGGAUUUCUGAAGGAAAUUAUAAAAGUUAAUUAUGUUUUUUUUGUCAAACCGUAAAUUGAUAUUAGGACAUUUCAUACAUGAAUGAGAAAUAAUCUGGACUCCUCACACAUACUGAACAUUUGUUAAUGUGUGUGACGUCCAUCAUAGUGGAUCUAUUACCAUACCUGAGAAACACUGAUACAGUCUGAGGUUUAGCUUUUAUUGAGGGACUGGGUUUACUGAAUAAAAAGACAUCAUGAUGAAUCCAAGAUAUUCCAGGAAGAGGAAGCACAAUGAUCUGUGUGGCCAAAAUUUCCUCAAAUUUGUCAUCUAUAUGUUUACCUUUCUUUUUCUACUCUCAGGAGUGGCAUUCUUAUCUACCGGUCUGUACAUAAAGCUGGAAAAGUUCACCUACAUUAAUUUGCUGGGCAGUAAUACAUUUCCCAUAGCAACCUACCUCCUCAUAGCUACUGGAGCUUUCAUCCUAUUGUCUGGAAUUGUAGGAUGCACAGGAGCUUGUAUUGAUAACAGAUGUUGUCUUGUCAUGUACGCUGUGUUCCUACUUUUUAUAUUCCUGAUUGAAGCUAUCUCGGGAGUGUUGGCCUACAUGUACGAUGGAACGAUUCGAGAAGAACUGACCAGAAGCCUCAACAAAAGUAUGAUGGAAAAGUACAACUUUGAUCCAGUUUUCACCAAAUUGGUGGACGACAUGCAGAUUGAGUUUAAGUGUUGUGGAGCAGCAAUAUUUGAGGACUGGAAAUAUUCACGUUGGCUGAAGACAGACAAUGAGACCCUCAAUAAUACACCAGAAAGCUGCUGUAAAUCUGUCAGUGUUAACUGUGCCAUCAGUACUCAUCCCUCCAACAUCCAGUAUGAUAGCUGCAGUUUACGACUCGAACAGUACACAAAGUCUAACUUGGUGCUAAUAGGAGGGAUAGGCCUGGGGUUGUGCUGUAUACAGAUAUUUGGGAUUAUAUUCUCUUGUUGUUUGGUAAGAAAAAUCAAAGACAAUAUGGUACAACGCCACUACUGACACCAGUGACACCACAAGAAGUGACUUAUUUAUCAGGGGAGAUAAUUUUAUAGCAACAACAGUAGCAGAGUACAUCAGCUUUAUGUUGUCCCACCAUGAGAAUUUUUUAUCCUGUGGCAUUCCACGAAAGUGUAAGUUAUGCCAGCAAUGCAGAGAAGAGUACUCUGGUUUUAUUUGUGCAGUAACCCAAUAUAGAUAUCAUAGAUUUCUGAUGAUUUCAAAUGCAAAAUUUUAUAUCAAUUGUGCACAGUAGUUCCCUGACAGUACUGAUCAGUUAAGCUUGCCAAUGAUUGUGUUCAUAAACAUGGUAUCAAGUAGAAAUAGUGAUAAUCAUCGCAAUAUCAUUUUGAGAUUAAAUCCAUUAGAUCAGGUCUUUCGGUUGAUCCUUGAGAUUCUGUUUUUCUUAUCAAAAAUGAGGUUUGACUCUUGGGAUUGAAGCUGUCAUACUUCAAAAAUUGUAAAUAUGAUAAUUAAAUUUCAGGGAAUAUUUUCAUUUAUAGUAUUUCUGAAACUGCAAAUGUCAAGGAACAACCGCAAGCCCUGUUAAGACCCUUUCUUUAUCUCAUAUCAAUGAUACUGUGUUUUACAUAGGGAUAAGACACAAACAUCAAUAUUAAUUUUACUAGUAAGUCUAUAGUUAUUGAGUUGGCCUUUGUCCCUUGUUUUGUCCUCAUUUUGGGACUUAUCAGAAAAAUGGCUGACAGAUACUCACCUUAGACCUGGCUAUGAAGUUUGUUAUUCUUGUUUCGUGGAGGGAUUUUACUCAGAUUUCAUUUGAAGCUUACCCUUAGUCAUUAUUUAUUAAUUUUUGGACUGAUUAGGAAAAAAAUGGCCAGUAGGCAACCGGUUGUCUUGGAUUUGACCAUGAAUACAGGUAAUCGUGUAAUUCUUGGGAGGAAUUUUCAAAUUUCAUAUUUAACUAAGAACAAAAACAGAGGAAAGGAGAGAAAAAAAAGUGAAACAAGUUAAGAUAAAACAAUCCUGGUGUGCACCAAGGUCCCUCUGGGAGCUGUUUAAUGUCAACACAAGAACAAAACUAUGUAAGGUAAGCAUGCAAAGACAGAAUAUACUGGUCUAAUGGAAUUGAUUCAUUCUGUAAUAUCUGAAUCUUCUGAAUCACUGUUUGGUUCAAAGCUGACUUUAGCUUUCUAAAGAAGAAGAGUUGUCUCAUUGCCCUUAUUUUUGUAGAUCUUUACUAGGUGUAAUGAUAUCUGUCAUUGAUACAGAAAUAAAGAAAGGGUCGUUCAGGUGGAAUCGGCCAGUUGUUAUAUUUUAGAUUUUUAUGGUUAUUGAUUUUCGUCUUGAGAAAUAAAAUGUGUAUUUGUAAACAAUAAUUCCUCUGUUGUGAAAAGUAUUUAUGCUUUCUUUGUAAAGAUGAUCUCUAAUGGUCAGUAAUGUAAGUUGUGAUCUGUUUUGUCAAAUGAUAAUGGGUAAAUGAAGCUAUGAUACAAAUUGAUAUACUGCUAUACUUAUUCAGAGAAGCCGAAAUGACUGGACUUAAUGAGCAGUAAAUGUUUUUACAGACAAAGCCUUUUUUUAAAGUUUGCAUUGGCUAGAUGCAUUAAAUGGUUUUGGAAUCUAAGUCUGUUGUUCUGAUUUUGGAGUAUUUUUGAGAUGUCUCCCAGUAAUUUUUAUUUGUUGGCUUAAUGUAAUUAAUAUUGUAGAUUAAAACAUAAACUUAUGCUGGAGGAAUGUACCUUUGAUCUGAUGCAGUAUUUGUAAUCUGUUGCCAUUUUAAUUCGAUCAAAUUUUAUUUCAUAACUUUUUAUUGCUUCAUUUUAAUGAUUAGAAAUAUUUUGUGGAAAGGUUGAAAAAAAUCUCCUGGUCAUUUUUUUUUCAUGAGGACUGUCAUCAUUUUCCAUAACAUUGAGGUAUACAUUCCAGUGAUAAACAUAUAGAAACUACAUAUCCCUAUUGUAAUCAUCUUUCUUAUGACAUGUGCUCCCUAUCAUUACAGAAGCUCUUCAUUCCCAUUCAGGAUAUUUGACAUUUUCUAUACAACUUAGUUGUUAUCAGUACUUCACUAGGCUUAAUUGAGAUUCAUCAGAAAGCAUAAGAUCAGUAGGUCUGUCCUUAUAUGGUAAAUGAUCGCUGUGGUCCUAGUGGUGAAACCAAUUAAUGUAAACAGGCUCUGGGAUAUAGUUACCUGUCACUGAACAAGUAUUCCAUCUUGUUAAAAUUGUCAGUGAGAUAAACAUAUGUACACAUUUUCAUACUGUUUCAGUCCUCUUUUCGAACUUUAAUUUCUUUCCGCAAGUUAAGAUUCCUUUUCAUAAAAAUAUAUAAUGUAUAUAUUAUAAUAAACAUCAAAUGAACAAGAAGACACAAAAAAAAGUAUGAAGUUUUAACAAAAUAUAAACUUUAUGUUAAAGAAGUUGGGUAGUGUAGUAUUAAUUAUUUCAUGUUGAAUACUAUUUUAUUAUUAAAAACAGUCUUGGAUACUGUACAGAAUAUUUUUUCUAUUCUGUUUUGAUUUAUAAACUAGUCUAGUCAGUAAAUAUAGAAUUUAGUGUGAUAUAUAACCUCCUCAGUGUUCCUCAUUAGACUGUUUAGAAUAGUUAGUAGUUUUUGUAAAUGACUGUGUAAUAAGAAGAUUUUAUUAGCUCUAUGUUUACAUUGUGUAUUUAGGUCACAUACUUUCUUCCACUGUAAUUAGAAGCCCCCACCAUUCACCUCUCUAUUUACUGGAAUUAUGUAGAUUGUGUAAACAUUUUUCAUUUAUUCUAAUCGUUGUGUUUAUUGGUCAGUUUUGUUUAAGUUGUUCAUCAAGUAAGAUAAAUCUGUUUUGUUGUUGAACAUUUCUACAUGUAUUGAAAUCUCCUUUCUCAGGAAUAGAUCAGUAUUAGCAAAUGGUCAUACCAUAAUUUCAGUUUGAAUAUUACCAUAUUACAUAUUUUGGAGCUGGUGUGGAAUUCUAUCAUAAUCAUAAAGUCAUGUUUCAUUGUAUAAAGAGGUUUGUGAUAGCUAAGUCAGUUGCACAUCAGCCUACUCAACCUCAGGUGAAAAUCCAAGGCAUAAGUUUCAGUGCUUCUGAUCCAGUGAGGUUUCUGUUUCUCGGGGAACUGAGGAACAGACCAGUCUGUGCUGACAUGUUUGCAUCCUUGUGCAAGGCACUUUACCCUGACUGCUUUAGAUGGUAUGUGAGGGGCCUCGCAUAUGUUGUUCAGUGAGGUAGCCACCAGCUCCUACACAGAGACACUGGCUCAAAAUAAACUUGGCUGGAGACAAAAACCUGACAAAUAAAAACCAUUGUCUAAACCAAUAUAGGUAAAAUAAAUCAUUAUGCUAAUUAGUCACUUACCCCAACUUGAGCAGGAAUGUAUCAGUUUUAAAUUUAUAAAAACAAUUAUACCUGUUUACCUUUAAUAAUUGUGUAACAUACCAGGUAUGAACUAAACACAACUUUUAGUCCAAGGUAAAAAUGUGAAGUAUUCAAACUGAAAAAGUGCCAUAUUUAAGACAUGCCCAAAGCAUGUAGUGUAAUUUUUAUACCCCUAAGAUCACAGAUCAAGGUGCAUAUUAUUUUUAGGGUUUCUGUUAAAUGAUUUUGUCAUCAGAUUUGAACCAAAUUUGAUACAUUCAUUGUUUUAUUUCAAUACAAUCCUUUGUUCAAUAUUAGAGAGGUCUUAGAUUUCAUAAAUAUUGGUCAAAACCUGUAAAUAUUUGCAAGAGAUAUCAUGGACUUUAGAUACUAUGUUUGACCUACUUAUGUACUAUCAUAAAAACAUGGUUAGUGUGUGAUGGUUAGUGAUAAAAAAUGCUCGCUUAUUAAGCCUUCAUAAUGGAUUCAUCUUGCAGGCUUAGUGUUUUUCAGACAUAUUUUGUUCAUAUUUUGUAGAUAUCCAGUUAUGCUGUAUUUGAUACAGGUAACAUUAAUAUUAAAUGGAAACAAAUUUUAUGCCAUUUUUGUACAAUAAUAUAUCUUUUUUUUUUUAAUGAUAAUGUUGCUUAAGUUAAAUGCAUACAUAUACAUAUAAAAUUGAAUGCAAACAUUUUUAUUUUGAUACCAUAUUGGCAAAUAUUUGUAGUAAGAAACAUGAAAAGGUUCAAUCUCGUUUGAAAAGUAAAUUUUAUAGUUCACAAAGACCAGAAAAGUGGUGACUGACAAUAUCAAUGAAACUGGUGGAAGUGAAUUUUCUUUAAGCGUUUAAUUAUUUGUCUAGUCCUUCUGCUGUGAACAAUCUUUAUCUUGCUAUAUCAUGUAGUACAUAGUAUUUAUUCUUAAUCAAGAUUAAAUUAAAAAAAAUUGAUUGAUUGUUUGGACCAGUAGGUAACCAGGCUAUCAUUUUUAAGAGUGAAAUUCACCUAUGAAUUGUGUUGGUGCUGAAAUAAAUACCAUAUCACAGAGUCUUAACACCAUGCCUUAAUUGUCAUUAAAUUAUAAUCAUAAAAUAGACCUCAAAAUUGGAAAUGCUGUGAAAAUGAUUUUGGUACUUUAAUAUUGAAAAUAUAAUUUACACCUGUAACUACUGAUCUCCAUGGUUACCCACAUGAUAAUUAUGAAAUAUUUUGACUCUAAAGUAAGAGUUAGAGUUGAUGCUACAGCAGUAUCUUGAUGAUAAUUGAUUUCAAAUAUUGUACAAAUAUUGUAAAAUGUUGAUAAGGCAUGUAAUUACUGAUCAAUAGAAUGAGUUGUACAAUACAGCAUUCUCACUCCACUCACAUUUAUGUCAAGAUGGCUGCAUGGGGAUUAAAUACAACAGUUUGUUUGUACAGAGAAAAGAUGUUCUCUGAUCACUGAAUGGUAGUGGAACAACUUGACUUUUGUGGCUGAAUUGACUAAGUUGUGAAAGCGUCACAUUCUUGGAUCUUGCAUUAUCCAUCCAUUGUGUGGAUCCUUGAUCAGCAGGAUUAGGUGACCACACAACCUGCUAAUUUUCAGGAGUUAUAUGCAGUGACUACUCUUUCACAAAAUUAAUUCCUUAGCUUCACAUUUUCUUAUCAAAGUCAGUCCAUUUUAGUUGUACAUAUCGAAGGUUGCAGAAUAUAUUCAAACUGUACUUGAAAGGUCAAGGUCUGGGUCUGAAUAAGAAAUGUUCAAGGUCAAGGUCUCUGAAUUGAACAAAAAGGGUUUGCACACUUGAGCUUGCAUACCAAGAGUCAAGUUCUAAAGACUGCAGGCCUACACACUAAAGGUCAAGGUCUCAGGCCUACACAUCAAAGGUCAAGAUCUCAGGCCAACACAUCAGAUUUUAGAUCCCAGGUUUGAACACCAUACUGCCAAGUCUCAAGAAUGGUGGUAGAACAUCUUAGUUAGCUGCAGCUCUUAACUUGGUUUUAACUGUAUCUACCAAUAGAAAUUACUACCUUGUUAUGCAGAAUAUUAAAUUUAUAUAUCAAGCUCAGGUAACCAAUAACUGUGUUCCACAACAUGAUAAACAUGACAUAUUUUGAUACAGCUCUUGAUGUUUUGAUGCAUCUCUAAGUUCUUUUAUCUAUAUGCAACCAUUUCCUUGUUGUUGUUGGGGUUAUUUGUAGGUAGCAUUUGUAGAAAAACAGUUAAUAAAACCUUUUCUGGACAGAAGUUUAUCAGAAAUAUUGAUGACCGUUUCUUGCCAUUUCAUCUUGUACAUGACACUCUUCAAUAUAUUCAUAGUGUUCUACAGCAUCUACCGAUAAGAUGACAUUUAAACAUUUCUUGACUUGCCAGAUUCAAAUAUUUAUCUGGUUUGAUUGUAAAACUGUAGAAUUGAAUUGUAACUAUUUGAAAUUAUUAUCCGUUAUAAACUUCUGAAAUAUAAAUAUUCCAUGAUUUUCCAAGCAUUGUUAAACUUUGGGUGGUGAUCUUUGUGUGGAUUUUUUUUUUUUUUUUUUGCACUUUAAAACUUAGAUCUAGCUCAUCCACUUAGGUUGUGCAAUUUGAGUUAUCUGCCAGCUAAUUGUAUCAGAAAUUGUACCAAGCAUAUAUCUAUGUACAUGAUGUACUGUUUUGUUGUCAUCAGAUUAGUUUUUUGUCAUCUUUUUAUAUUAAAGUUUUAAAGCAGAUAUUUGUGAAUAUUUAAUACCUCUUUAAAUAUGAUUCAUGUCAUGCAUUUUAUCAUUUGCUGAGUAAUGGAGUCGUCCGUAAUGCAUGUUUUAAUACACACAUGUACAAAAUGGUUUUAUUUAUAUUUCACAGACAAAUAGAUUUUGUUUAUUAACUUGAUGUUUGUAAUGUUUUAAAAAGAUGUUCCUGUUGUCAUUUGUUCGUAUGGAAUUUCUAUUGUAUAGUUUUAUCACUGUGUAACAUAU